AAAUGACAGGAUUGCAUCCAGUGUGGCUAAUAAGUCUUAUGGUAUGGGACGGAUGUGAGAAUCGAGCAAAAUCACCCAGGCCCCAGAUAAAACAGACAUCAGACCAUACAACUGUCAUACUGGGAGAUAUCAAAUCUGUGGCUACUGAUAUGCUGUCAGAGGUAGAGAGGAUAUCAAGCCCUUUUGAAGGCCUCUAUGACACAGAGCAGUUUGAUGAUUUCCUCUUGCACUUGUUAAGUUACUUCCACUGUUUCUUUGAAAAGGAGACACUACAAAACAAACCACAGGAUAUGUACAUAGAGCCUAGCCUGUCUGACAAAAAGGCAUAUGCUGAGGCGUGCUGUAAGGUUGAGGUGGCUCUCAAGCUGUUAGGGAAGUCCUACUGUGUUCUGGUGCUAGGACUGGGACUGAAGUUUCACCAUCACAUGGCCUGUGGUCUAUCACGUGUGUCGUCCACACACAAAGACAGGAGCAUGUAUGAGACAUUUUAUUCUUUUUGCACUUUUGUGGUGUGGAUUGCAUUUCGACGACCAGACUUUGAAGUUGUCCGGAAAGAGAUAGGCAGGAUGUUGAGGUCAAACACAUUUAACCCAGCAAUAAGAGUGAAGAAUGCACCUGAAGAGCCUAAGCCCCCACCCCCACCAGUUGAGGGUCAAGAGGAGCAGGUGGUGGAACUCGUCCAGCCAGUACCUGAAAAAAAACUCACACCUGCAGAGUAUAGACGAUUACAUGGAAAACGACCAGCCAUAAAAUCCAUAAUUAAUCAAAGGUCUCCAGCUAUUGUGUCCAUUUUACCCUCCCCUAAAGAAGAGGCUCACUGGCUGUUUCAUAAGCACCACCCUGCACCACCAGGGACACUGCGUACAGACGGAGAUGUUGACAUGAGUGAUGAGGACAUACUGGAAAGACUGACAAUUGACAAGACUACCUUCAAGAUUGGUAUACUAGGGGAGCCACUUGGCAUGUUUAAUCCUGUGACUUUGUCACCUGUUGGGGCAGAGAAUGAGGAGGAGCAGGGUGAGGACGGCUCUGGGGACACUCAGGGAGAUGUAGGGUCUGGAUCAAAUAAAACACCAACAGAGCGAGUGAGUCGACAGCAGACUGCAGUAUCACAUGCAACCACGGAGGCAUUGGACGAUGAAUGAAGACUUGAUGCUACAUCAGAUUGAUCCAGCCUUUUGUUUGAUCUGUUCACAUUUUGACUGUAUGUAAAGAAAAAGUACACAAUUUCUUCAUCUCUUGUAUAAAAAUGUAAA